GUAAGAUAAUACAGAAACUUGUCAGCACCAGUGUCGCCGUCGUCGGCAAGCCAACAAAACUUGCGCUUAUCGUGCGUGGCGACCUCAAGAUGAGCAAGGGCAAGACAGCAGCACAAUGCGCUCAUGCUGCUGUCAUGUGCUAUCAAAGUGCAGCUCAAGGCAGCGAAUCGCAGGCGGCAGUACUACAACGUUGGUGCCGAAUGGGGCAGCCAAAAAUUGUUCUGCGUGUGGAUAGCUACGAGCAGUUGCAUGACCUGCAACAUCAAGCCCAACAGGCAAACGUGGUUGCUCAACUGGUCAGAGACGCGGGACGCACGCAACUGGAAGCCGGCACAGCGACAGUGUUGGGCUUGGGACCUGCCCUAGCCACGGAUCUUGACAAACUGGUUGCUCACUUAAAAUUAUUGUAAAUAGAGAGGUGGACAUUACUGUUUAAACAAUAUUGUAUUUAAUAUAAACAACCAAACCAAACUUGACUUUUAGUUUGCUCAAGCUGUUGUUCUCUUGCCGCCCGACAUCGUGGAAAUGGUUAAGGAAACCGCCUGACCAAACAUUUCCACCAAAUCCGACGUAACACGCUCAGUUAUCUGGCGAAGCUUGCCAUUGGAUUCCCCACAAAUCAAGCGCUCAAUACGCGGCGUAGGGCACUUGACCAGCACCGAGGUGUAAACGACAUCUGGAAUUCAAAAACAUCAAUUAUUAUAUCCAUAAACAUUUGAAUUUUGAAUUCAGCAUACGCUUCUCCACAUUAUAGUACUCGAUCAUGCACUCCAGAUUGUAGGGUAUUUCCUGCGGCAGAUAGUCCAGCAAGCGGGCACGAACACUUUCAACAAUUAGCGUCUCUGGAGACGCAUCCGUAUAAACAUCGGCGGGAUAUUCCCAGCGUCUUGGCUUAGCUGCGCUAAUGAAAUGAUCCUGCAACUCCUGCAACCCACUGCCCG